GAACUAUUUGUAAUGGUUGGCGCCUGAAAGCGGGAGUUCUUUCUAAAGAGAGUAGGCAGAUGUGUUUUGGGUGCUUUUAACUGGCCAUUUUUAUUGGUUUUUCUUUUUUUAAAGAAAAACGUCUCCUUUUCCCCAUUUGUGGCACUGCGGAGCCGAAAGAAAACUUUAAGAAAAUGGAAAUGAAAAAGAGAAUCAACUUGGAGCUGAGAAACAGGAAGCCCUCAGAGGUGAAGGAGCUGGUGUUGGAUAACUGCCGCUCGGACGAUGGGAAGAUCACCGGCCUCACUACUGACUUUGAAAACCUGGAGUUCCUCAGCAUGAUCAACGUGAACCUGCUGUCUGUAUCCAAUCUGCCCAAACUAAACAAGCUGAGAAAGCUGGAGCUGAGUGAUAACAGGAUAUCCGGGGGCCUGGAGGCUCUGGCUGAGAAGUGUCCCAGCCUGACGCAUCUCAACCUGAGUGGCAACAAAAUCAAGGACCUCAGCACCCUCGACCCACUGAAGAAGCUGCCCAACCUGAACAGCGUUGACCUGUUUAACUGUGAGGUGACGAUGCUGAUGGAUUACCGGGACAGCGUGCUGGAGCUGCUCCCUCAGCUCACCUACCUGGACGGCUUCGACGCAGACGACCAGGAGGCUCCGGACUCCGACCCAGAGGGGCUGGACGAUGACCUGGACGACGAAGAUGAGGAUGACGGAGAGGAGGAUGAGGAUGGAGUUGUGGACGAGGGGCUAGAUGAUGAUGAUGAUGAUGAGGAUGAUGACGAGGGGGCUGAGGAAGAGGUAAGAGACGACGACGAUGAUGAUGAUGACGAUAGCGAGGAUGAGGAAGUGGAUGAUGCUGCUCCUGGACAGAAGAGGAAGAGGGAUGUAGAAGAUGAUGGCGAGGAGGAGGAUGAUGAUGAGGAUGAUGAAUAAGCUUCUCUAGAAGAAAGCUGAAGAGUUGUACAGGCACUGACCUCCUGGACCGUUUUUAACCAACUAUCUACAAGGCUGACUGUAACUGGGAGGUGGGGGCAAGGGUGACUGGUUCUCAGGCAACGCUUCUGGGGUGGGAUUGUGAGGGCUGACCAGGAACUGGCUAAUCCUCUGUUGUAAUACCCUGAUGGGUGCUGGUUCAGCAUUAGUCAUUCAAAACCCUGGUCACAUUAAAUUAAUAGGAGGGGAGGGGAUAGUGCGCUUUUAGCAGGCAUCUCUGAAAAAUCAAUCCAUUCAAACUGAGCCAGGUUUUAGCGACCUGUGCAUACUUUUCUGUUUUAAAGUUGCAUAUGUUGUGCAUUGAACAAAAAGCUGCAUUUUUUUUUCUUGGUUUCAGUCUAUUUUCCAAACUUGUUCUAAACUGGUUUUGUAAAUGUGUGUACAUACUUUUGAAAGCAAUUUUCAUUUGUGGCAGUUUGAGUUCAGUGCUGUAAUUUUGCUGCCCCCCCUCAGUUUUGUAAAGAGGAAUGCAUUGUUUUUAACUGACUUGUAAAGGUUUGUAAAACAUAUUAAAAUGGCUGCACCUUUUUUAGUUUGCUGUUUUAAA